AUGACGACGAAGCGCCGCAAUCAUGGCCGUGCCAAGCCUCCGUGCUCCCGUGGCCGCACAAGACCCGUGCACUGCUUCAACUGUGGCCGUCUUGCGCCGAAGGACAAGGCUGUGGGGCGCUUUGUUGUGCGUCGCAUGCUUGACCAGGCCUCUGCCCGCGAUGUGGCGGAGGCGUCCAACGUCUACGGCGCUGGUUUCCCGAUGCCCAAGCUCUACAUGAAGCAGCGCUUCUGCAUCGCGUGCGCCAUCCACAGCCGUACUGUCCGUGCCCGCCCUACCGAUAUGCGCAAGCGUCGUUUCACCACGAAGGUGCCAUUCCGCCCUACAGGCGCCAAGUAG